GGAGAGUCGUCCACCUUCUUUGUCAAAGUCUAGGGUUUCAGUUUCCAUUUGUUGCAGAGAGAACUGUAACUCAUUUUUUUCCGAGCCUACUGAAUAGAAUUCUCGGCUGAGAUUGCUGCCUCUUCUUCCCAAGAACACUAUUAUUUUCUCUGUCCUGUUAUGGAGGAAGCAUGAGGAGAGAGAAGAAAGCUAAUACAGGCCACUCCUUAUCUGUCCACAAGGAAGCAGUCCCUGAAUUGAUUAUCGUCUCCAGCCCAGUUUUUGUUGCAAAUCAAUGACCAUAGAGUUGUCCUCUUAACCUAUAUGUGCGUUUUCUAUUACAAUUCAAAAUCCCUCUACCAUAUAGAGAAACCGAAAGGGAGAACCAAGGUAUAUAUGAAGAUGGAGGAAGACCAUGGCAUUGAAUGUUCCAAGACUUGCCCUUUUGACCAAAAUGAGGAUGAGGAAGAGAGCGAAGACAACACUAAGGUCUAUAAGCAAAAAGAUGGCGGAAGCUCAAGCAACAGCACAGUUGAAGAGAAUGAGAAGAAGCCAUCAGUCCGGCCUUAUGUUCGAUCCAAGAUGCCAAGACUCCGGUGGACGCCUGAUCUGCAUAUUCGUUUCAUUCAUGCUGUAGAGAGACUCGGUGGACAAGAUAGAGCAACACCCAAAUUGGUUCUUCAACUAAUGAGCAUCAAAGGACUUAACAUCUCUCAUGUCAAGAGUCAUUUACAGAUGUAUAGAAGCAAGAAGAUUGAUGACUCUGGUAAAGUAAUAACUGAUCAUAGGCAUGUCAUGGAAGGCGGAGAUCAAAACAUCUACAACCUCAGCCAACUUCCAAUGCUCCAAAGCUUUAGCCAAAGACAUAAUUCUACCAUGAGAUAUGGACAUGCAUUUUUGAGUGGUCAUCAGAACUGGAUGCUUAGCCCCUACACCAGGCGGAGUGCAAUCGAUAAGUCCAGUCAGGAAUAUGUUUCAGCUGCUGAGAGAAUCUAUAGAAGCAACUACAACCAUUCAGGAAAUCGUGCGCGCCAUGGUAGUAUUUUCUCAGAAUUGAAGGAUGAAUUCAGAUCAUUGUACAAUCAUGAACCAGGGCGAUGCCAAUCCAGAAUAAGUACUUUAGAGUUCAACCCCUUACAGCAACUGCACACAGAAUUCCGAGAGGAAACCAGUCAAAUAAACAGCAGUAUCCCUCUAGAUGUGAACAAAUCAAUGGGUCUUCAAAAGCGGGCAAUGGAAAAAAGGAAAGCUUCAGAUUGCGAGCUUGAUUUGAAUCUCUCUCUUGGGUUCAGCAGCAAAAACGAUGAGAGCCAGAGAGGUUUAGAGGAUAAUGAGGAUGACAGUAACUUAUCACUGUCAUUGUACUCACCUUCUUCCUCAAAGUUUAGCAGGUCAAAAGAACAUGGUAAUGCAAAGAAUGCAAGAAGGGCAAGUACUCUGGAUCUGACUAUGUGAAUUCAUCGUUCUAAGUGAGAUCUUGAGGUACUUGUUUUAGAGAAUUCAUUUGCUGAUUGUCUUGAAUCAUCACAGGAGGUAAUAGCACUGUUUAUCCUUGUUUGUUGUUUCUGACCAUAUCUUCCGAUUUUUUGAGACAUCAAGCUACUUAGAUUGGUGUGUAUGAAGCACCAAAUUUGAUCAUAUAUC